AUGUAUGUGGUGAAGAGAGAUGGGAGACAGGAGGCGGUGCAUUUUGACAAGAUAACCGCGCGGUUGAAGAAGCUGAGCUAUGGGCUGAUCAGUGAACACUGUGAUCCGGCGCUGGUGGCGCAGAAGGUCUGCGCGGGGGUCUACAAGGGGGUCACUACCAGCCAACUUGAUGAAUUGGCUGCCGAGACUGCUGCUGCUAUGACGGCUAAUCAUCCUGACUAUGCUUCCUUGGCUGCAAGGAUAGCUGUUUCAAAUCUUCAUAAGAACACAAAGAAAUUAUUUUCUGAGACGAUCAAAGACAUGUAUAACCAUGUCAGUGAGAGGUCGGGAUUAAAGGCUUCUUUAAUUGCUGAUGAUGUUUAUGAGAUUAUUAUGAAGAAUUCUGCUCGUCUUGACAGUGAGAUCAUAUACGACAGAGACUUUGAAUAUGAUUACUUUGGUUUUAAAACCCUUGAGAGAUCUUAUUUCUUAAAGAUCCAAGGGAAGAUUGUGGAGAGGCCUCAACACAUGUUGAUGAGGGUUUCUGUUGGGAUCCACAAGGAUGAUAUUGAUUCUGUUAUUAAAACAUACCAUCUCUUGUCUCAGCGAUGGUUUACUCAUGCAUCUCCUACACUUUUUAAUGCUGGAACACCUAGGCCACAAAUGAGCAGCUGCUUUUUGAUAUGCAUGAAAGAGGAUAGCAUUGAGGGCAUAUAUGAUACACUGAAGGAGUGUGCUGUCAUCAGCAAAUCAGCCGGAGGAAUUGGUGUCUCUGUGCAUAACAUCCGUGCAACUGGAAGUUAUAUUCGUGGAACAAAUGGGAACUCCAAUGGUGUUGUUCCAAUGCUGAGAGUGUUCAAUGAUACAGCUCGAUAUGUGGAUCAGGGGGGUGGCAAAAGGAAAGGUGCUUUUGCUGUGUAUCUGGAGCCAUGGCAUGCUGAUAUCUUUGAGUUUCUUGAUCUGAGGAAAAACCAUGGGAAGGAAGAACACCGUGCCAGAGAUCUGUUUUAUGCUCUUUGGGUGCCUGAUUUAUUUAUGCAAAGAGUCCAAUCCAAUGGACAAUGGUCGUUGUUUUGUCCAAAUGAGGCUCCUGGGUUGGCCGAUUGUUGGGGUGAACAGUUUGAGAUUCUAUACACCAAAUAUGAGAAACAGGGAAAAGCCAAGAAGGUUGUCCAGGCACAAAAUUUAUGGUUUGAAAUCUUAAAAUCUCAGAUUGAAACUGGAACUCCUUAUAUGCUAUAUAAGGACACUUGCAAUAGAAAAAGCAACCAGCAGAAUCUCGGCACCAUUAAAUCCUCCAACUUAUGCACUGAGAUAAUUCAGUACUCAAGUCCUACUGAAACUGCUGUGUGCAAUCUGGCGUCGAUUGCUCUACCACGAUUUGUUAGAGAGAAGGGAGUGCCCAUGGAAGCACAACCAUCAAAGCUCGUUGGCAGCAUAGGUUCAAAAAACCGAUAUUUUGAUUUUGACAAACUGGCUGAGGUUACAGCAGUUGUUACUGCAAACCUUAAUAAGAUAAUAGAUGUCAAUUAUUACCCCGUUGAAACUGCAGAAAGGUCUAAUAUACGACACAGACCGGUAGGAAUUGGAGUGCAGGGUCUUGCUGACACUUUCAUUUUGCUUGGCAUGGCAUUUGAUUCUCCAGAGGCUCAACAGUUGAACAAGGAUAUAUUUGAGACUAUGUACUACCAUGCUUUAAAAGCUUCAUCUGAAUUAGCUGCAAAAGAAGGUCCAUACGAGACUUAUGUUGGCAGUCCAAUGAGCAAGGGAAUUAUCCAACCGGACAUGUGGGGAGUAAAACCUUCAGAUAGGUGGGAUUGGGAUGCUCUUCGGGCAAUGAUAGCAAAGAACGGAGUGAGAAAUUCACUUCUUAUAGCACCCAUGCCCACUGCCUCAACCAGCCAGAUUCUUGGGAAUAAUGAGUGCUUUGAGCCAUAUACCUCCAAUAUCUACAGUCGCAGAGUUCUAAGUGGUGAGUUUGUUGUGGUGAACAAACAUCUUCUUCAUGACUUGACUGAGAUGGGUCUUUGGUCUCCUGCUCUUAAGAACAAUAUAAUAUAUGAGGAUGGUUCUAUUCAGAAAAUUCCUGAGAUUCCUGAAAAACUUAAAGUUAUUUACAAGACUGUUUGGGAGAUCAAACAACGAGUAUUGGUUGAUAUGGCUGUUGAUCGUGGAUGCUACAUAGACCAGAGUCAAAGCCUUAACAUCCACAUGGACCAACCAAAUUUUGGAAAGCUUACUUCCCUGCACUUCCAUGCCUGGUCGAGGGGUUUGAAGACAGGGAUGUACUAUCUAAGAUCACGUGCAGCAGCAGAUGCUAUAAAAUUUACAGUCGACACUUCCAUGAUAAAGGAUGAGCCCAAGGCCACAGUUGAUGAUGAAAAUACUAAAAUGGUGCAGGUGGUAUGCUCUCUAACUAACCGCGAUGAGUGCCUGGCUUGUGGAAGUUAA